CUCUAGGUCGAGGAAAGGGGAUACGAUCCAAGCCACUAAUGCGACUCUCUCAACCUAUUGACUAAGGAUUGGUUAGACCUCACCAUCGAAUCGGAGUUCGGACGACCGCCCACAACCAAACCCUAGGUGCUAAUACGCAAUAGGAGGUUUGCCCUGCAUUAACCUAACUAGGAAACAAUGAAUUGCCCAAGAAAACCCAACAUUCAAGCCUCUUUCAAAGAAAGAAAGAGGGGGUUUCUCUCUACCUAGGUUAGAAUGACAAUUAGAAUGAUAGGCUUUCACACAACACAAUUAUUCAUGAAUAAUACCUCCACAUUCGCAUUCAACACAACCACACACAAAUCAUUCAAUUCAUACAAGCAUAUUGUAGCUAGGGUUUACAAACAUCCAAUUGAAUAGGUAGGCUAUUUCAUAGCUAGGCAAAGGAAAACAAGGAAAAGGAGAGAAAGAAUCACGAAGAGAUGAAAAUCUUUCCUCCUUGUUGCUUGAAUCUCCCUUGAGAAGAAGAAACCUUCACUCCUCUAGUUUGAAAUGAGCCCAAAUCUCCUUUCUCCUCCUUUGAAUUGCACUUUCUCUCUCUAGAUUAGGAAGAGGAAACCCUAAUAUCUCACUAGAAACCCUCAUUUAUUCUGAAACUAAAACCCUAAAGAAACUCCCUUUGGGCUCUCCCUUCUUCUUCCUUUCAGCUCUCAUUAUAUAUCGAGAUCGCGCCCAGUUCGCGGUCUAAGUGAACUGACUUGGUGUCAGUAACCUUUGAAACCUCUAUGGACGCUUCAAGGUUCACAGUUUGUGGUUCCAGUUCACGGUCCUGGCGGCCGUGAACUCGCUACUUGGACCAUGAACUACGACUGCUUCCUGGACGCCCGCGCUUUACGAUAGCGUGAAAUAUGUCGAGGGACGAUGAAAUGCAAAGCCAAAAUAUCAAGAAAUGAGGGAUAAAAUAUGUAUAUUGAACCCAAAUCAUACAUAUUCAUAAAGUUCUCGUUUUCAAAUUCAUUCCUAGAACACAUAUAAAAUAAAACAUGUAGGAAUAUAACGUUGUAUAACAGUCUAAAGGAUAACAUAUAUUAUAUAGCGUAGAUGCUUCUAAUAGUUAGUUUUUAGAAUAUUAUUAAACAUGUUAUAUGCGUACAAAAUUUAAAAUUGAAUGAUAUUUGUAAAUAUUCCGUCAUACAAACUAAUGAGGAUUUCGUAUGUUUACAAACUCUCAUUUUGUCUUUUAGUUGUCUACCUUCUUCUACUUCAUAACCUAACAAAUAUGAAAUUGGACAAGAGACACAAAUGAUGAUAAAAAUGAACAGUGACUUCCACAGUAUACAAGCCAUUUUACUCAAAUGUCUGAAGUUAAAUAAAUAAGCUUACACAACAUAUAACUAUGUAUGGAAUUUUAUAGAAGAAAAUGCAAAUCUGAAAAGAAGCAAUCAUCGUCAUUGAGAUCCUUGAUUGUGGGUUUCAGUAUGGCUAAAUCGAAUGAACGAAACCAAAGAGUCAGAUUUGGAAAAUUGGUAAACUAAUUUAUGAAAGUCUUCAAAUUCGGUAGUGCACCAGGUAAAGUUAUUGUCUUAAAAAAGGAACCAACGUUCGAUCAUACUACACACAAUGAUAAUUUGGAGGUAUUUAAGUUUUUUAUUUAUUUUUAUUAAUUUUUUUUCCUGUAUGAUUCAUCAAACAACAGGCUAUACAUGAUUAGGAGUUUAAGACCCACACUGGUCAACUAUAUCACACAUGCAAGCCCAAGUUUCCAGCAAGUAGUAACCAUUAAUCAACACUAUGAAUGAACACAUUCCGGUAUAUUUUUUUUAGAGAAGUCCAUACGUGCCCACAACUCACAAUACUCAGAGCUAUUAUAAUAGUUGACUGAGACCCCUAUUUUUCCUUAGACCCAGUGCUAGAAGACGAUAAAGAGCAUAUUGACAGUGAAAGUAGGGAUGGCAAUUUCGACCUGACCCGUUUUACCCGACCUGUUUGACCUGUUUUGGGGCGGGUCCGACCCGCCCUGUAGGAGGGGCGGGGCGGGCAUGGGUAGUCUCAUCGACCCGACCUGCCCUGACCCACCCCAUUCUCGACCCAUUCUUGUCUAAAUCACAUGUAAUCUUAGUCAAAUUACUGAGAAUUUUCCUUUUAUUGCAUCAUAUUUUAGCUAUAAUAAAGUUGUAAAUUAGUAAAAAUCUCAAUUUCUCCAAUAAUUUAACUACAAUUGUCAUAAUAUUGUUUGUUUUCUUAGUCUUAUAAUAAAAAUAACGAAUAUUUCUAAUGUUUUUCAUAUAAAUUGCAUACCCAUUGGGUCAACCUGCCCCGACCCGCGACCCGUGAUCAAUUACCCGACCUGGACCUGACCUGCCACGGGGCGGGUCUGGGUACCAAGAAACCCGCCCCGGACCUGCCCCAUUGCCAUUCCUAAGUGAAAGUGGUAAGAACUUUUAUUUAUAUUUUUACUAUUAAUUUUUCUAUUAACUAAGUAAUUGAUAAAUGCUAACACUUUUCUACUUUUUGUUUAACUUAGUUAAUAGCACCUUCCAAGCUCAAAUGAAAAGUGAAACUACAUGUGACAUUGCUAAAUUAGGAGGAAGUCAGAGUUUCCCAAUUGAUGUUGGUGGUGAAGGAGAAGAAACUAACCCCGAUGAAGAGAAUGAAGAUCUUAAUCAUCAUGAUGAUUAUGGUCAUAAAUCAUAAUCUUUUGAAUGCUUUGAAAGAGCAUGGUUAUGCAAAUGUUGGUGGAGAUGGAGGAACUAUUUCAUGAUGUUGGUAUCUAGGUAACUUAUGAGUUGAGUUUAGAUUUUUAGACUACAAAUACUUCUAUUUGGAUUGUAAACAAGUGUUAGACUUUCGUACUUAUUCUUUUUGUUGGUGACUUGGUUUUGAUAGAACUAUGACACGGAGCUAGCAGGUUGUGCAUCGCUUUUAAGUUUGUAAGUUUUAAUCAACUGAAUUCAGUAUGAUAGUGAAGCAGAAUACUUGCGGUUUGGUUUUCUAAUUUUUGGGAAGGGUCGCUUAGUUGUUGGGACCUCAAUUUCUUGUUUCUAACGAAGGAUUUGCAAAAGACCAAUUCAACAUAUGCUAUAGAGAUUGCACAUGCAAUCAACAAUUCCUAAUAAAUGCAAUUUACGAUUUAUCAAAUGUGUACUUGAGCUGUUUGACCAUGGAAUAAGGAGAAAAGAGUAGCUUUAAUUAUUUGUGGAUAACAAUGAAUUGUUGAUGUUUGACAGUUAUUUAAUGUUUAGUUGGUGCAUUGUUGGUUUAAGAAUUUGUGUUAUUAUGGAUCUAUGUUGGAUUAGCUUUUAAUUUGGAUGGUAUAUGAAUGUUAAAUUGUUUGGAUUCAAUGACAAAACUUGAAAAGGACACAUGCAUGUACGAAAAAAUCUAAAAAAUGCACCAUUGAAAAAAUAAACGAUGUUUGAAGAGAUUAAGGAGAGAGUUCGUAAGAAGUUAAAAGACUGGAAGAGUAGGACGUUGUCCCAAGCUGGGAAGGAGGUAAUGAUAAAGGCGAUGGCCCAGGCUCAAUUUCUCUAUCCUAUGACUGUGUUUUUGAUUCCUGAUGGAACUCUGAUGGAAAUCCAGAGAAUGAUCUCGAGUUUCUGGCGGGGACAGAAGGGGAAGGAGGCAAAGCUCCAUUGGUUGAAAUGGGAGGACCUGUGUGAUGAUAAGGAGUAUGGUGGGAUGGGUUUUAAGGAUCUACGCACUUUCAACCUUGCUAUGCUUGGAAAACAAGUUUGGCAAAUCUUAUCUCGACCCAACUCACUGAUGGCUAGAACUUUGAAGGCCGAGUACUUUCCAAAGUCUGAUGUUCUCAAUGCUAAGACUGGUUAUAAACCUAGUUUCAUCUGGAGAAGCAUAAUGACUGCUAAGGAGAAAAUCAUAGGGGGAUUCAGGUGGCGUGUGGGAGAUGGGAACUCGAUCCGGGUUUGGGAAGAUGCCUGGAUUCUAGUCAAGAUUUACUGUUUUGCUGAUCCCCAGCCCGAUGGGAUGGAUUCGGAUGAGCUGGUUUCAUCCCUGAUUGAUAAAGACAAUGGAAGUUGGGACGAAAGCAAGCUGAAGGAGAAGUUUUCUCGGCUGGACUAUGAGCUCAUAUCGAAAACAUCAUUGAGAACCCCCCUGUGCAGGGAUGAGAGGGUGUGGAUUGACUCCGAUGAUGGUAACUAUUAUGUCAAAUCUGCCUACUACAGGAUUCGUGAGAACCUGGGCAACAAUUCUGCUUAUUCUUUAACUGUCUCUAUGGAUGAAUUGGAGUUCUGGAAGGCUCUCUAGAAAACUGUUACACCACGCUCUUUACAAAAGUUAAAAUGACUAUUAUGCCCUCAAUGUAAUUUGUCAAAUUACACCAUAAUAUCGAUGAGGACUAAAAAUAUGGACUCUCGAUACAAACGGUGUAUAGUUUCGACAUAAAAUGAGAAAGUUAUAGACAUUAAAUGGGUUUCGGAUUAAACUCAUUCGAUACCAACUAAUCGGAAAAUUCCCAAAACACCCCAUGGGUUUAUCCAAAAUUUCCUCUCAGCCUUUUUCACCACAGAGCAGAAAAUUAAUCUAAAACCCUAGUUCCCAAAACUGCAGCAAACCCUACCUCUCCUCCGCCCAGGACCCGCUCAACCCUUAAUUAUUUCCCCAGCGCCACCCCACCACGUUCUCUAUCUCUCGGCAAGAAACCAAAACACUCUGCUGCCGCCAAGUAACAAAUUAGGAAAAGGGACGAGCAACUAUUGGAAGAACUAGAAUGUUGUGGGCGAUCCUCCUUCGAAGGUGAACUGAAAGGCGAGCAAUAAAGACCAGGUAGGAGGGAAUUUGAUCAAGCGAUCUACAACUCGGCCGGAGAUGGCAUUGAUGAUAACACGUAGCAAAACAAGGGGUGUCCGAGACCCAAGUAUCCUCCCAUGACUCUGGUCCGGUGUGUUAUGGAUGGAUGGAUGGAUCAAUUAUUCAUGGGGAAUUGAAGCUUGAGGUGGAUGAUCGUGUAAAGAUAAUUUUGGAAGCACCCAGGAUGGAGCUUGCUUGCGCACUCAAAGUAAACGAAGGCUCAAGGCGAUCAACCGUUGGAUGAUGGCUAGUUCAAGUAAAUCGACUUGAUAAUAAGGUGAGUGUAAAGGGGGGUAAAUUCUACGCCUUACGUAUUCAUUUAAGUAUUAUGAUUUUAAGUAUUUUAGCGAAUUGGUUACCGUUGCUUGGUUAUGUUUAUGAUUGAUUAUUUUUGCUUUGCUUGAGCUAUGUUUUGAGGUGAUUUUGUGCUAUUUGAGGUGAUAUGAGGUGAUUUUGUGCUAUUUACCUUAAAGCGUUAUGUUUGAGUUAUUGUUAAAGUUUAAGAAACAAGUUCUUUUUAAGAAGUAACUCACCUUCAAGAAGGUGAAGUCAUUUUAAGUGUUUUUAGUCACUAGCGCCAGUCCGUUGUCUUUUGAGACAUUUUGAGACAGAGCAGCAGUUAUGCUCUUGAGACUUUUAAUAUGAGCAGCAGUUAUGCUCUUGAGAAUCGUGGUGAAGAGCCACCACGAUAAGUUUAAGAUGUUAGGGGGAUGAAUCGUUACAACUCCCCUAACUAAAUUUAAGUUUAAGGAAAGCGUGGAUGGCUUCUCAUACGUAUGAGUUGGGCAACCGGACUAGCUAGUGAGGGAUCCCCAUGUCAGUCAAGUAUUUAAGUCAAGAUUCGAGUUUUAAGAGAGGAGAGUAACUUCAACUCCCUCAAAGUUUAAGAGUUAAGAUUUUAAGAUUGGAAGUACAAACAACUUCCACUAGUUAAAGUUAAGUGUUUAAGUAAAGUACUCAAGUAUUAGAAGUAUUAAAACGUAAGGGCGUAGACUGACCCCAACUCACUCACCAGGCCUUAGUAAGGGAGUGAGCGAGAACCAAAUCGAUAGCAGCUAGCUAGAGGAGCAGUUAGAGAGCAGCAAGUUCGAGAGGAAAAGUUCGAGAGCAACUAGCUAGAGGAGGGCUGUAACACCCUAACCCGGUACUAAUUUUACCAAAAUGCCCUUGAUGACUCAUAAACAAAAAUAAGAAACGAAAGACUUGUAAAAAGAAAUGGAAGCUUUCCGUAAAUAACCAUAACAAAAACUGAAGUGGACU